AUGGACUACGAACAUCAGGAUCGAGCGCCAUCACCAGGCUCUCCAGCCGCCUACCUUCAUCUCGUAGACAACCGAAGCAGUCAUCAAUCUCAGAUACUGCUUCCACUCUGGCACAAGGAGAUCUUCAAAAUUGGGCGAGACCCUAACUUCAACACGUUGGCGAUCGACGAUGAUGCUGACUUGAUGGUCUCUCGAAACCACUGUGAAGUCUAUGUCAUCGAGUACGAACCAACCGUCAACCACAUUUACGUUCGCGAUAGAAAGUCAUCCAAUGGGACAUUCGUCAACGAUCAGCUCAUUGGCCGUGGUCCAGAGAUUACCGCUGGAUAUCUGCUGCAGGAUGGCGAUUUCACAGUCGUUCAAGAACAUCCCCCUCCCCGCCAUGAACUGACCAGUCUACAACUUGGGGAGUGCGAGUUGUUUGCGCACAGGUACCAAGUCACAGAACGUCGUCUCGGCCAAGGAGCAGAAGCUGCCGUCUGCUUGGCCAACGAAGUCUCGACUGGGAAGCAGUUGGUCUGCAAAAUCGUCAAUCUCGACAAGCUUCAAGGGAGGAAUGCUCAAGAAGACAUUCGACGCAAGUUCCAAGAGGCCGACAUCUUGCGACAGCUGCGACAUCCCAAUAUUCUGCCAUACGUCGAUGCCAUCACUUCUCCCCAUACACUCUAUACCUUCACAGAACUUGCCUCCGGGGGCGAUCUCAUGUCCUUCUUGUUUCGCCAUGGGCAGGCCAAAGAGUUUGACGCACGAAUCAUUAUUCGCCAGGUGGUUCGUGGACUUUGCUACCUUCAUGAGAAAGGCAUCGUCCAUCGCGAUCUCAAACCGGAGAAUAUUCUCUUGGCGUAUUCUCCAAAGAUUGCAUACCAUCGGGUUAUGCUCUCAGAUUUUGGUAUUUCGGCUAUCCACCACUGCAACAGGAUGACUACCAAUGCUGGAACGACAGCAUACCAGGCACCGGAGUUCAUGCGAAGCGGGCAAUCUCACACGUCGGCGGUCGAUAUCUGGUCAUUGGGAGUCGUUGCUACUAUCCUCCUUGCAGCUGAACACCAUGACGAAGACCUCAAUCGAAUGGAUGACGACGAGAUUGAGCGAUACGUCCGAGAUCUCUUCCACAGCUUGCCGCGCCAGCCGUCGUUAAAUGCAUACGACUUUGUCUGGAUGUGUCUCCAGAGAGACCCCUCGCAGAGAAUGACGGCCCAUGAAGCGCAAGAGCACGAAUGGCUGUGUACUCCAGCGAGGCAUCUCAAGUUCUUUCGGCUGCUUGACAGGAGAAUCAUGUCCUACUGGAAGCCCCAUGAUAAGCUAAAGCCAAUGCCUUGGGAGCUGCCAUGCCUGAUC